AUGAUGGCAGACGAAGAAGGCCAACCACAUCCGCGAGAAAGACUAGCUGGAGCAGGAGCUGCAGAAGAACACAGAGCUGAGGAAGUGCGGAGCACCAGAAACGCCUGCGGGACAGGGCUGGAGAACGAGGACAUUCCGAGGAGCCCAGUUACGUCCGCUGCGAUAAGCAUCGGGGUCCUUGCGGAGCCCUUCUCUAGCCAAGAUGAGCCAGUUCUUUCCCCUAAACCGGCGGGAGAUUCGGUAGUAAUCCGUAACGAUACUGUUCGAGAGACGGGUUCACCGGACGACCGGGCUUUGGAGGAGCCGCAAAGUUUAAUCCGACAGGACGGUACGAGAGCUAUAAGGUACAGUGGUGUGAGCGAGAGACAAGUCCGAGGCGAGUCGGAGUGA